CGCAACUUCAUUACAUCAUCUUCUUCAACAACAACAAGCAGCGCGUCCUGACGAGAUGUGGAAUGCAAGCCGUCAAUUCCGUCCGAGCAAUAACACGAAAGUCGACCACAUCUCUCCCCCGGCUCUUCAUCAAAAUGGCAUCGUCAGAUCAGACAGUGGACUUGGUCGCGGACAUCGAGAAACUCAACCUGGGUACGGAGAAAAGCAACCAAACGCAUACCAACCAGGCUUCUACGACUCCCAAAGCCCAUACUACUGGCCCCUCCCAGGCACCUACACAUCGCAAACCCCGGCAUCGUGGUGGCAAGAAGAACCAAACAACUACUACGCCAGCGGAAAACCAAGCCCCCAAGGCCAACCCUCCUACUGGGACCAAAGACAGCAAACCCUCCAAGGCCAGUCAUUCUACUGGAUCCAAGGACAGCAACACAGCCAAACCCUACAUCGCACCGCACCGCAGAACCAAAGGACAUACCGGGCAAACAGAGAGCGGACCACUGCCACCCCUUCCUCAUGCGCUCCCCUUCCUCCCUCCCGUGCCUCCGGGCUUUGCACCUCCACCUCUUCCCCCCUAUGCUUCAAGCUUUGAUCCCACGGCUCCAGCGUAUCAGCCAAACGGCUCACUCAGGUCAGUCUCGUUGGAGAAGGAACUUGUAUGUGAACAGAUUAACAUCGAUGCUGCAUCUAGGCCCGAGUACAUGCCGCAACUUCAGACCAACCAUGAUGCACCGUCGACUUCUAACUUUCACUUUGGGCUCCCGGCAACUGCCCCAUACCCGUUGGGACAACCGUCAAUCUUCCUCCCUGGGUGCAUGCCCAGCCCCGCGGAGUGGCAAAUGGCCUUCAGCUCUUUGGCAGUAUCUAAAUCAUCAGCACCGAAGAAAACGCCAGCCCCAAAGCCAUCCCCAAGCUACCUCCAACGAGCCCACUGUCCCGCGCAGCGUGACUCAACCCCCCGGCCCCUCCUCGUCAUCCUCGAUCUUAACGGCACCCUCCUCUCCCGCAACCCUCACAACCGCAGAACCUUCAAAUCCCGACCCAAAGUGGCAGAGUUCCUCGAUUACCUCUUCACCAACCACCACGUCAUGGUCUGGUCCUCCGCCACGCCCAAAAACGUGCGAGACAUGUGCAGCAAACUCCUAACCACAGAGCAAAACGCCCAACUCGUCGCCUGCUGGGGCCGCGACAAACUCCGCCUCUCCCAAGCCGACUACACAGAGAAGGUGCAAGUCUACAAGCAGCUAAGCUGGAUAUGGGAGGACGAAGCCAUCCGCGCGAAGAACCCCGACGCAAACAAGGACAACCAAUGGAGCCAGGCGAAUACGGUGCUGAUUGACGAUAGCGCUUUGAAGGGGGUAAGUGAGCCUUUCAAUCUCGUGCGGCUGGAGGAAUUCACGGCGGCGGCGGGGCAGAUGGAGACGGAUGUGCUGGUGCAGGUGGCGAGGUAUCUGGAGCGGUUGCGCGUGCAGAGGGAUGUUAGUGCUUACAUUCGGUGUUGGCCGUUUGCGUAUGAUGCGAGCAAGAGCUUUGACUGGGAGGGGUUGGUGGAGGAGGAGCAUUAGGUGUCGACUGGGUGGAGGUUUGCGGACCGACUCGGAAGGAUUGCAUUCGGUCAUGGUUCGGAGGAGUUCAUGAUACCCCGUGGGAUGCAUAGCCCACACCUCGUGUUAACAUUCGCAGCGGAACUGCGACUGUCAUCGAGCAGACGCACAAUCAAGGACAGU